AUGUCUGGCGAGGAUAAGGAUGAAGCUGAGGGUGUAGUUUGUAGAUCUAUAAUUAAUUAUGAGAAAGCAUUAACUGUACAAAAGGAACAAUUACCAUCGGAUCAUCCAGACAUUGCUAGAACAUUAUUUAAUAUGGGACAUUGUUAUGUUGCAUUAACAAAUUAUGACCAAGGAUUGAAAUUAAUGACCGAAGCGCUUGAAAUAUGUCGUAAAUCAUUACCUUCGAAUCAUAGUGAUCUUGCACUGACAUAUAGUAGUCUUGGUUCACUCUAUGUAAUACUUAAACAGAAUGAAUUGGCGUUGGAGUAUUUUGUCAAAGCAAGUGAAAUUCAUUAUGCAGCUGGUAAACCUGACAAACGUGAUCUCUGGAUAACUGAAACAUCAAUUCGACGUACAUUUAGCUAG